CUGCCUGUACCUGCUGUCGCUCCGCCCUCCCACGGAGCCGUUUGAGAGUCCGCGCCGGCGGCACCCGGCUAGCAGCGAGAGACUUGGCUGUACCCUGCUGCCCUGGUAAGCUCACUGGUUCGAGAAGACUAAAGUGGCUUUCAGGAUGGCAAACGUGGAGCCCCUGAGUGUCUCAAAGGACCUGCAGAAGCUGCAGAAGAAGUUAUCUUUGCUGAUAGAGUCCAUCCAGACUAACUCAAAGGUGGUUGCCUUUAUGAAGUCUCCCGUGGGGCAGUACUUGGAUAGGCAUCCUUUUCUCACCCUCACCUUGCUGGUGUUCAUUGCCAUGUCGAGUAUCCCAGUUGGAUUCUUCCUGCUCGUCCUGGUGCUUACAUCCCUGGCUGCUUUUGUGGGAGUCAUAUUACUGGAAGGACUGGUUUUUUCUGUGGGCGGUCUCUCCCUGCUUUGUGUCCUCUGUGGCUUGGGCUUCGCAUCAUUUGUCAUGUCAGGGACGCUCACCAUGUCAUAUGUGGUGUGCUCCGGCCUCAUCAGCUACUGGUUUUCUCCCAGACCUUUGGCACAGCAGAACCCUGGUGGCGACUGUCAGCUGCGCAUGAAGACUACAGGCCUUGUGCAGCUCUACAAGGAGCGACCAGCUGAAUGGAAAGAACCAGAGCUUUUUUUACAGAAAUCUCUGGAUCACUCUCAGGCUUAGGGGAAUGGGUAGUCAGACGCUUCCGGGAAAACUCCCUCGAGUGUUUUCACUUACGCUCUUAAGGAUCCUGCAGUGGAUUUGAGAAUCUUUGGGUUGGUUCUCUUUGCUUGGAUUUAAUUAAGGUGAUGAACCCAUCCUCUGGUGGAGGGAGAAUCCACCGAGAACUGCUUUGUGGCUCAACAGCUCCCCCUGCUGCUUAUGUCCCAGCCCCCCAGGAGGCAGACCCGAACUUGGCAGGGAAGUCUCAGAGCUCGAGUCCUCCGGCCCCACUGGGACAACAGUGGGAUUUAUUUAUUUUAUUUUUUUUAGAAAUGAGGGACGCAGUUUGUUCCUUAAUCCAUUUAAAACAAGGUGGGCAAAACAACCAAAACAGAGCACACACUUGUCUACAUUAGUAGCUUUUUAUUAGAACAGUCACUUGCUGGGGAAAUGACCGCUAUGACAAAGUUAGGGAGUUGGGUCAAAUACUAAACUGUCUGGCCCAAAGCAUUUUCACUUUCCCUUUUUUUUUAAAGACGAAAGGUAGGUUUUCCCACUGACUAUUGACUUGGUCGUUAAAUAUUGUUCAUCUGUAAACAUUUGCACUUGAUGCAGUUUUGUAUUGUUAUAAAGAACUUGUUCUGUUAAGCCAUUUCUUCAGGGAGUCCUAUAAAACCAGUGAAGAACUAUAAAAAAGAUUUAAAAUCCUUGGGAACUUCUGCUUCAGGGUUAUUUGCCUUGCUAUCUUUAUUAAAUAUUUACUUUGGGGGGCUCUUUUCCCCCUUGACUCUUUCUUCCUGUCUCUGCAGCAGACCAGCUUAUUUCUCUGUGAAUGUUGUGGUACGUCCUGGGAAAUACAGCUAUUUACUGAUAGAGCAGAGGGACAGUGGCUUCACAGGGGAACGGAGAAUGAGCUGUUUCACUCAGCUGAACGCCAAGGGCUAGGUGCAGAUCCAGAUGUUCAAGUGGCAUCACGAGCAGCUGCUCUCUGCCCAUCUUGGCCCGUGCUUGCAUUGGUGUGAGCACUUUUCCAGGCAGACCUUCCUCACCUGGAGGCCCCAGCAGCUAUCGUUUUAUGCCAGAUUGACGGUGUGCUUUCCCUACCGGAUACGAAAGCAGCCGUGGGGGCAGAGUGGGUUACGUGACUUCUCAUUUAAGCCUCUACUGAAGAAGGAUCUCUAUCCAGGUGCAGAGGAUCACUGGCAUCAGCCAGUUCCUUGCAGGUGCUGGGCUGAGGGCCACUGGUUUUACUUGUUGAAUGUAAGUGGUUCAGGCCUCUCUCAGUCUGGAGUGAGUCUCAUUCUUUUCUCUAAUAGUUUUAUUAUAAAAUUCACAUAUCUACUUCCACAGUCAAGUCACUUUUAACAAGAGCUGUAUAUACAUCAACACAAUCAGUUCUAGUGUUCCUUUCCCCUUUAUUCUUUAUUUGUUCCCCAAUUCCGCUCAACCACAUCUGCCCCUUCUGUGCCUCAUAAACUGGGAAACAUAUCGAAACAAUAAAAAACAAAACA